GAUCAACUUCAGUUUAGUAGUGGUGUGGGUUUUUGCGUUUAAUCCACUAGAUGGGGGACUUUUCUCUUUGUUUACCCCGCCCAAACGCCACUACGUUGGUCUCCGACGUUGCGUCAACUCUGAAUCGAAGUUGGCUAGCUAGAUUGAGCCAAGCGUACUUUCUCUAUUUCUCUGUGUUCAAAUAAACAUGUUGUACAUAGCUAGACUGUUUUAAAUGUUAUCUUUGAAAUCAUCAGAAAAUCAUUCUUUUCAAAGCAACCAACGACAUCUGUUGGAUCGAAAUCUUCGUCUCAUCCAGCGUUUAUAAAUGAAGCAAUAGCUGCCUGCUACUUUAGCUAACAAGUGACAAUUUACAAAGAAGGUAAACAAACCAACCGCUAGAGGUUGGAGAAUGGGAUGUGGAUAUAAUGUAAGUAAUCUGACGUGUUUUUUUCUAAAUGGACCAUGGGGAACCUUUGCAACGCGAGGACUCAAAUGUCGUUUUACGAGAUGAAAAAUAGAGAGACAUUCCAACGGCAACGUUACCAUUCCUGAAUCCCCCAUCAAUUUACACGGUGAAGGCCUGGUGCUAGUUUUUUUUAGCUAGCUAACUGCCCCCCAGCCCAUCAAAUACACACUGGUAACAGCCGUACCCUGGAAACGUCACCGUUGUCACACAGGAUUUGGAUGAUGCUGAUACUGAUGCACCUGAGAGAGAACCCUCCUGUCUAAGACACAACCAGCUGGAUUUAACACACACUCUCCCAGCCCUCCCCUCAGCACCCCCAUCUCCUCCAUCUGAACCAUGUGAGGGCCCCUCGCUCCACUUUGAGGGGAUCCCAGGACUGUUGUGUAAAAGCAGCCACUGAGCGGGGCCAGAGUGAACCUGUGUGUGAGCAAGCAGUCUUCCCCAUAACCCCCACCCACAUAUUCCCACCCCCCUUCCUGUUGGCAACUCGCCAUGAUGUUCCGAGACCAGGUGGGCAUCCUGACGGACUGGUUCAAGGGCUGGAACGAGUGUGAGCAGACGGUGGCGCUGUUGUCCCUGCUGAAGAGAGCAUCUCGUACCCAGGCCCGCUUCCUGCACAUCUGCCUGGAGCACUGGCUGGCAGACUGCACUGAGAUCCACAUCCUGGAGGCUGAGGCCAACAAUGCAGAUAUUGUGAGCCAGUGGCACCUGGAACCCAUGGAAAAGGCGGUGUCCCUGCUGCUGUCCCACCUGCCCCUGCUGCAGCCCCGCAACAGCGAGGCCAAGUGUGAGUACAUGAAGCUGCUGCAGAAGGUGCUGAGCCACACCAUUGAGAGCAGUCUGUUUGUGGAAGAGAGUAGACAGCUGCUGUCCUACGCCCUCAUCCACCCGGCCACCACCCUGGACGACCGCACCUCGUUGGCCAUGUGGCUCAACCACCUGGAGGAGCACCUCUCCAGCGGCUACCCAGCGCCCUCCCGGCCCCCCUCUGGCCCCUACCAUCCCCGCCAGGGCUCAGAUGAGUGGCCGGGCCCAGCAGAGGUCCUGGACCCUGGCCAUGGCUGGCUGGACAAGCCCCCCUCCUCUAGCUCCUCCCCUGCAGGGCAGAACGGACACAUGUCUUUCCAGGGUGGGAUGCCCAGUCCCAUAAAUAGCAACAACGCAGGCAUGGGUCAGAUGGGCCAGCCCAGUCCCCUGAAGAGGUCCUCGUCCCUAAUCCCCUCCAGUUCCCAGGUCUGUGGCGCAGAUUGGCUGAGCCAGGACGACCUGGGGGGGCGACAGGCCUUUGACCACGCCCCCCUGUCCCCCCAGAGUAGUGUGGCAUCCUCAGGCAGCGAGCAGACUGAGGACCAGGGCUCCAGAAACACCUUCCAGGAGGAUGGCAGUGGCAUGAAAGAUGUACCCAUGUGGCUGAAGAGCCUCCGUCUUCAUAAGUACGCAGCACUUUUCUCCCAGAUGACUUAUGAGGAGAUGAUGAUUCUGACAGAGCACCACCUGGAGUCACAGGUUUGUCAUCGUUUGUCACAGAAUGUGACCAAAGGUGCGCGGCACAAGAUAGCCCUGAGUGUCCAGAAGCUACGGGAGAGGCCAAGCGUUCUCAAGUCUUUAGAGAAGGAUAUAUUGGAGGGGGGCAACCUGCGUAACGCCCUACAGGAACUACAGCAGAUUAUCACCACCCCUAUCAAGGUCUACAGCUACAGCCCUCCCAGUGUUUCCCACAGAGAUAUGGAGGGGAGUGGAUCCUCCUCAGACCACACAAACCCUGGGGAGGACAAGGACCUGGCCCAGGAGGGCUUCCAGCCCCACAACCCCCCUCCCUGCGACGGAGAGUCCUCAGCCACACCCAUCUCAGACGGCGACAUUGCUGGGCAGUUCACGCGUGUCAUGGGUAAAGUGUGCACUCAGCUACUGGUGUCCAGGCCUGACGAGGAGAAUAUCAGCUGUUACCUGCAGCUCAUUGAGAAAUGUCUGACACAUGAGGCUUUCACAGAGACUCAGAGGAAGAGGCUGGUCUCCUGGAAGCAGCAGGUUCUCAAGCUGCUCCGCUUGUUCCCAAGGAAAGCCAUGCUGGACAUGCCUGUGUACCGACAGAAAGGCUGGGCAUAUGGUUCCAACUCCCUCCCCACAGCAGGCUCUGUGAGUGCUGGGGGUCUGGCACGUAGGGGGCAGAGGGCAUUCCAGAUGCCGCCUCGUGGCCUCCCUGCCGGGCGCAUGGGGCUCCUGAGUCCAGGUGGCAUUGGGGUUGCCUCCCCACGCCACACCCUCACCAGCCCCACACUGCCAGGCCAGGGCAGACAGAACCUGUGGUUUGCCAACCCUGGGGGCAGCAACAGCAUGCCAAGCCAGAGUCGCAGCUCCGUGCAACGGACCCACUCACUCCCUGUCCACACCUCCCCGCAAACCAUGCUCCUGUUCCAGCAGCACGAAUGCCAAGUUCCAGGUGCAGACCUGGAGAUCAACCCCACGCUGGAGUCACUGUGCCUCAGUAUGACAGAGCAUGCCUUAGGAGAUGGAAUUGACCGAACAUCAACAAUUUGAAAAUAAAAGCAGUGAAAAGAAGAAACCAAACCGACACUUCACUUCAACUGAGGCCUGUUCAGUUUCUCUUGCCCAGCACAAAAAUAUAUGCUUAAAAAACAAAGCAAAAUGGUCACUACAAAACGACAACUGUAUAUGUUCUCUGAUAUUUUUCUACUUUAUUAUACUUAAGUAAGUUUAUUAUAAAUGGAAUACAGAUGACUAUUAUAUUACAGGAGGGAGAAGAGGUUACUUGUGCAACAUGCUCAAUGUCUUCUGCAGGACUGUGACAUUAAAACGAGCAGAAUGAGGCUCAGAUUGUUGAGCUCUGAGAGGAAAAUGGAGGAUUGGUGCUGUCUUAAGGGUGUUCUAUCUUACAGGUUUCUCCCCUUUUCCUCCCAGAAACACGCAGAGCCACGCCUCUCACCCCCAGAUACUGUAACUGUACCGCCAGGGUCUCCCGACCAGGAGUAAGGCACUUGACCUCCCACACACUCUGUGGAAUUGGGAACUAGAACAGUGAUUAAUCACACACGACCAGCCUGUAGCGCUGUUCUGAUCCUAAAACGCGACCAGCCUGUAGCGCUGUUCUGAUCCUAAAACGCGACCAGCCUGUAGCGCUGUUCUGAUCCUAAAACGCGACCAGCCUGUAGCGCUGUUCUGAUCCUAAAACGCGACCAGCCUGUAGCGCUGUUCUGAUCCUAAAACGCGACCAGCCUUUAGCGCUGUUCUGAUCCUAAAACGCGACCAGCCUGUAGCGCUGUUCUGAUCCUAAAACGCGACCAGCCUGUAGCGCUGUUCUGAUCCUAAAACGCGACCAGCCUGUAGCGCUGUUCUGAUCCUAAAACACGACCAGCCUUUAGCGCUGUUCUGAUCCUAAAACACAACUACAGCUGUCUACACAACCACCCUACCCAGCUACAGCCAGAGCUAGUUAGGUCCCUACGUAGAGACACCCAACACCCUGGCUCAUUCCCCUCACGUACCCAGCAUGGGUUUACCCCCAACAUGGGUAUUACUGGCUCUGACACCUCUCCACCUCUACUAGGCCAAAGAGAAGGGCUCUGUGUGAAUCCCUAUGUUAGAAUGAUUUUUGGAGUGGCCAAUGCGACAGUAUACAUGGUAAUUGUUUAAAGAAUGGCGGUUUGAAGGUAACGUGUCGGCUGGAACUUGUCUGCAUUGAUAUUUGGUUCCCUACUACAAAAAUGAUGAUGUAUCUCAUUUGCAAGUUAAGCGCCGAGGCAAACCCCACAGGGUUGAAUAAGGGCUGAAUAGGUUUGUUCUAUGUGGGGCCUGAGUGAGAAAUUGCAUUGGUAAAGAAAAUUUGGGGAAAAAAAGAAUUCCAAGAGGGGAGCUGUUGGUGCAUCUGUUUUCAAGUAGUUACCUCACUAUGUUAUGCUGUGUGAGGAACCUUAAUGAAUUCUGUUUCUACCCAGAGGUCCCAUUUAUGAUUGGCUCUGAAAAAUACAAAGGAAGCGCUGUCUCUGCCUCUCAGAAUUAACCACUACCCACCACCUCACCCUGCCCUCUCCUCAACAUGGCCAGUGUAGAGAUUUGAUGAAUCAUAAUUUUUAAGUAGCCAGAAUAGAUUCGACCCUACGCUUACUUACAGUUUAAGAUGACAGAUUAAGACAGCUAUGGCUUGGAAAACGUACCUCAAUCCAGGGAUGAGAAAUGUGUUUGUACUCCAAAUUGCCCCAUUAUCUCAAAUGUUACAUCUAGAAUAUUGAACGACUGCUAGUUUUUAAGUAAACUGCCGUUUUCGCCCUCAGUAGCCACAACAGCCAUUAUGGACUGGCAUGUCGCGUUGAACAACAAUGGAGCUGAUUGGCUGACACUGCCAUUCCAAUCUGGCUGCUGAGGCUUCUGCUACCUACCACGAGGAUGAAACUAGCAGUCGUUCAAUAUUCUUGGUGUAACAGUUGAUAAUGGGACAAUUCAGUGUACAAUGCAUUUCUCAUCCCUGGGUUGAGGUAUGUUUUCCAAGCAACAUCUCACACCGGCUCCGCAGUGUCUUAAUCUAAACAGGAAGCCUGUCCGACCCCGGUGCAACUGUAAGAAAGCGUAGUGUGGGAAUCUAUUCUGGCUAACUUUUUACGGUGCUUGAAAUAUGUCCUGUUUGGAUCUCUUUGUGUUCCAAUUGUAAAACCCUAACAUUUAUUUUGUGGUAUCAGUGUUGAAUCAGAAACUCCUAUACAACCUCUGUCUUUGAAUGUGGCAGAGCGGAGGUGCAUGUAUGUAUAUGGUCUUAACGUUUGGAUCACCUUUUGGUUGCAUCACGAGGCAGGGAUAUCCAUUCGUAUUUUAUUUCUGCAGAGUCAUGGCUGGGCUAUUUGUUUAGUAAACAUGGUUAUUUACAAGCUUGACUUUACCACUUUUUUUUUUUACUACCCUCCCUUAAUAUUUAUAACUUGUCCUUUUUUCCUAUGAUUGCAUGUUUUCCCCCACACUAAUUGAACGAUUGUUGUAGAUAUUGAGAGAGGGCAGUGUUGCAGUCACAGUAGUGCUCAAUGUCUACAAAUCCUCCAGAGAGCAGAGAUGUUGGGACUGGAGUUCAAUGUCGAUACCUCCUAAUAGCACUGUUUACCUCCCUCUGGGAGUGCCCCUUUCAUGUUCUGUGAUGUGUAAUGAUGGGUCUGAAAAUGACUGUUGGCACUUCAGUGCUCAUUAAUAUACUGUCUCCUCAAUAUGUAAGGCCUAAAGCUCGUAGCUAAGCCUUCUAACACGUGAGCUAGCUGGGUAGAGAAUGACAGAUGCCUUUUACCCCCUCAGCUGCUUAUCUACUUGCUGUAAUCAUCAUUCUCACUAGACUAGAUACUAGUGUCUAGUGACUGAGACCUGUAUGAGGGUAUGUUGUUGUACCCUCUGCUCUGUGCUCCUGAAGUUUGAGUGACGAGAAGACUGAUAUUGCCUGGCCUUGUGUGUUUGAACUGUCAGAUGCAGCAGGCUGAUAGACUGUUGAUAUCACCUGAAUUGCACAGUGACAGCUUCCUCUCUCUCUCUCUCUGAUUGGCUAUUGAGCCAGAGUAGUGUCCUAGUCGUCAUGGUUUUCCUCUGAGCUGGCUCUUGGAUAGAUCUGACUUUAUGAAUAGAUUCAUGCUCACUAAGAGUCGAAUGGUUUAAAAAAUGUUCACAAAUUUCAGAUUCAGAUAGGCAACCAAUGAUCUCAAUCUAAGCUAUUAAACUGAUAAUACAUUCAUACUAGCAUGACAUGUAAUAUGGCUCAGGUUGUAAUUUCUCUCAAUACAUACAAUGGCACCUGAAGUAAGUCCUCCAUUUAGGAGGUGGCCAGUCCACUUGUAGAAAAGGCUUAGUUCUUUAGGCCAGGCUAAAUUGAGUCUGUUCAUGCCAGGGGUUUAGGAUGCAGAGAGGGAUGAAAUGGCCAAUCUGAGCCAUAAUAUGUGAGUUUGAGUCUAGCCUAACACUAACAACUGGCCAAGGAAUAUGUUUACCCCCAUGUUUACAUUCCAGUGAAAUGGGUUAGAAAGUGCACUUCAUGAGUCAGGCUUUAUUUUCACAUGCCAAGCAGAAUUAUGAGGUACAUAGCCAGCCUGUCAUACAUGAGACUCCUUCUCUCCAGUGGUCUGUCAGAUGUGGUCAAUGUCCCUGCCUGGCAUAAUAAAUAAGCAGUACGUUGUAGGCUUUUUUUUUGCAUCUCUGUCUUGUACAAUUUAUAUUUAAUUCGGACUCCCCCCAAAAAAAUUCUAAUGUUUUAUGAAUGAACAUUUUGCAUCCCAUGCUUACACACUCUACUUUUUUACUGUCACACAUUGUUUGAAUAAUCUGAAAUACAGCAUUGAUCAGAUAGACAGUCCAAAUAAAGGAGUUACAUUUUUUUGCUACGUGA